AUGAAGAUGGCGUUAAACGCAUAUCGACUUCGUAAAAUCGAGUCAAUUGGGAAAAUGACCCAACUCACGCAAGAGGAGAUUCUCUCUGGGGCCAAAACAGUCCUACAGGGACUGGAAGCGCUAAAGGAGGAGAAUGCCACUGUGCACACCACGCUUCAAGAGAGCCUAAAAUCGGUUCCCGGCGACCAGGCGACGCUUAUGACCGAAAAAUGUUCCCUCGUCGAGCAGAACUUGGAGCGUCUCCAGCUGGGAAUUGAUGAGGCCAAGACCAUGAUGGACCUCGCUCAAUACCUGCAAACUGUCGAGGCUGAGAAGCAAAAGCUCAAGGCUCAGGUCCGUCGUCUCUGCCAGGAGAAUGCUUGGCUUCGUGACGAGCUGUCCAGCACCCAGACGAAGCAUCAAGCCUCCGAACAGCGUGUGGCCCAACUCGAAGAGGAGAACAAGCACCUCUCCUUCAUGAACUCGAUUCGUCAUCUCGAUGAGGAUCAGUCGAACCAAAGCGCCAAGGAAACGAACGAGCAACCGAUCGACCACAGCCAACAAACUCGUCAAACCAUGGAGGAGCUCGGAUUCGGGCCUGAAGAUGAGGAGGAGAUGAAUGCAAGCGCAUACAACAAUCCGACCCCAGCCCAUGCGAUGGCUGCUUCGGCCAAUGUCGGCUAUGAAAUCCCGGCUCGACUCCGCACGCUUCACAACCUGGUAAUCCAGUACGCAUCCCAAGGACGUUAUGAAGUAGCCGUGCCUCUCUGCAAGCAGGCCCUCGAAGAUCUCGAACGUACGUCUGGACACGAUCACCCGGAUGUCGCCACGAUGCUCAACAUCCUGGCCCUGGUCUAUCGCGAUCAGAACAAAUACAAGGAGGCCGCUAAUCUGCUGAAUGAGGCGCUGGAUAUCCGUGUGAAAUGCCUCGGCGAUUCGCAUCCGGCUGUUGCGGCCACUCUCAACAAUCUGGCCGUACUUUAUGGCAAGCGCGGAAAGUACAAGGAUGCCGAGCCGCUGUGCAAGCGCGCUUUGGAGAUUAGGGAAAAGGUGCUCGGCUCUGACCAUCCCGAUGUUGCCAAACAACUCAACAACCUCGCCCUCCUCUGCCAAAACCAAGGAAAAUACGAAGAAGUCGAGCGCUACUACAAACGCGCCCUCGAAAUCUAUGAGAGCAAGCUGGGACCCGAUGAUCCGAAUGUUGGGAAGACCAAGAACAACCUCAGCAGUGCCUAUCUGAAACAAGGAAAAUACAAGGAGGCCGAAGAACUGUACAAACAAAUCUUGACCCGCGCCCACGAGAAGCACUUUGGAAAAAUCGGCGAUGACAACAAGGCUAUUUGGCAGAUUGCUGAAGACCGUGAGGCCAACAAAGAGAAAGGCACCUCGCAGUUCGCCGAAGUCGGAAAUUGGCAUAAGGCGGCUAAAGUUGAUAGCCCGACUGGAAAAUACGAGGCUGCCGAGACCCUCGAAGACGUCGCCCUUCGCGCCAAGAAACAGCAAAUUGAGGCGGCCCAAGAGGCCCGUAUCGAUUCGCUGCUCGCCCAGGUUGGGGGCGUUCGGCGUCCCGAGUCGGAACCGCUGGGAGGUGCAGCUCCAUCGAUGGCUGAAGACCUCGCAGCUGCCCAAGCUGGUGCUCCGCCCCGUGGCAUGACAACCAGCCAAUCUGCACAGGGCCUCAAAAACAAGCUGAUGAACGCUCUCGGCUUCCAGGGC